GCGGAGGACCUGGCGGCGCUCAAGCAGAGGCUGGAGGACGAAACACACAAGCGGGAGGACGCCGAGCACAACCUCGUGCUCUUCCGCAAGGACGUGGACGACGCAACCCUGGCCCGCCUGGAGCUAGAGCGCAAGAUUGAAUCUCUGAUGGAUGAGAUUGAGUUCCUCAAGAAGCUGCAUGAGGAGGAGUUGCGAGACAUGCAGGUGAACAUGGAGAACCAGCAGGUGCAGCAGGUCGAAGUGGAGGCGACCGUGAAGCCCGAGCUCACAGCAGCGCUAAGGGACAUCCGCGCGCAGUACGAGAGCAUCGCGGCCAAGAACAUGCAGGAGGCAGAGGAGUGGUACAAGUCCAAGUACGCGGACCUGUCGGACGCCGCCAACCGAAACCAUGAGGCCCUGCGCCAGGCCAAGCAGGAGAUGAAUGAGUCGCGACGCCAGAUCCAGAGCCUGACGUGCGAGGUGGACGGACUGCGAGGCACGAACGAGGCGCUGCUCAGACAGCUGCGGGAGCUGGAGGAGCAGUUCGCGCUGGAGGCCGGCGGGUACCAGGCGGGCAAUGCGCGCCUCGAGGAGGAGCUGAGGCAGCUAAAGGAGGAGAUGGCGCGGCACCUGCGCGAGUACCAGGAGCUCCUCAACGUCAAGAUGGCCUUAGACAUCGAGAUCGCCACCUACCGGAAGCUGCUGGAGGGCGAGGAGAGCCGGAUCUCCGUGCCAGUCCAUUCCUUUGCAUCCUUAAAUAUAAGGACGACUGUGCCCGAGGUGGAGCCUCCGCAGGACAGCCACAGCCGGAAGAUGGUUCUGAUUAAGACCAUUGAGACCCGGAAUGGGGAGGUGGUGACAGAGUCCCAUAAGGAGCAGCGCAGUGAGCUGGACAAGUCCUCUACUCACAGCUAUUGAAACCCUUGGUCCAGAACUCCCUGACCUGCCCUGGGCCUACUCAAAGCCCGUACCCGAACACCAGUCCUGAAUUAGUCUCCUCUCCAUCUGCAUGCAUCUAGGGGAUGAUACCAGUCGCUCCUUCCCUGGCCUCUAGCCAAACCCUACCCAGCCAGCUGUAGCUGAGCCUCUCCCCGCCCUGAAUAUAGAUAUGACCCAUAUAUUCCCCUUUUCUGAUCUCGGUAAGAGGCCGAUGGUUCCCGAGUCUACUUCUGCCAUGAUCCCAUGAUCCGUGGGGUGGGCCAGGGUCUGAGUUUAACUACGAAUCAAAUAAAACUGCUGUCAAAGAAA